UCGCUUCUCGCUGGCCUCUCCCGAGCGCGUCUAUGAGCGCAGCGUUCCCGCCGUCGCUGAUGAUGAUGCAGCGCCCGCUGGGGAGUAGCACCGCCUUCAGCAUAGACUCGCUGAUCGGCAGCCCGCCGCAGCCCAGCCCCGGCCAUUUCGUCUACACCGGUUAUCCCAUGUUCAUGCCCUACCGGCCCGUGGUGCUGCCGCCGCCACCGCCGCCACCACCCGCGCUGCCCCAGGCCGCGCUGCAGCCCGCGCUGCCGCCCGCGCACCCUCACCACCAGAUCCCUAGCCUGCCCACCGGCUUCUGCUCCAGCUUGGCGCAGGGCAUGGCGCUCACCUCUACGCUCAUGGCUACGCUGCCCGGCGGUUUCUCCGCGUCGCCCCAGCACCAGGAGGCGGCCGCCGCCCGCAAGUUCGCGCCACAGCCACUGCCCGGCGGCGGCAACUUCGACAAGGCCGAGGCGCUGCAAGCUGACGCGGAGGAUGGCAAAGGCUUCCUGGCCAAGGAGGGCUCGCUGCUCGCCUUCUCCGCGGCCGAGGCGGUGCAGGCGUCGCUGGUCGGGGCUGUCCGAGGGCAAGGGAAAGACGAGGCAAAGGUGGAAGACGACCCGAAGGGCAAGGAGGAGAGCUUCUCGCUGGAGAGCGAUGUGGACUACAGCUCGGAUGACAAUCUGACGGGCCAGGCGGCUCACAAGGAGGACGACCCCGGCCACUCUCUGGAGGAGACCCCGCCGAGCGGUGGCGCCGCGGGCAGCACCACGUCCACAGGCAAGAACCGGCGGCGGCGGACUGCCUUCACCAGCGAGCAGCUCCUGGAGCUGGAGAAAGAGUUCCACUGCAAAAAGUACCUCUCCCUGACGGAGCGCUCACAGAUUGCCCACGCCCUCAAACUCAGCGAGGUACAGGUGAAAAUCUGGUUCCAGAACCGACGGGCCAAGUGGAAACGGGUGAAGGCGGGCAAUGCCAAUUCCAAGACGGGGGAGCCCUCCCGGAACCCUAAGAUCGUCGUCCCUAUCCCCGUGCACGUCAGCAGGUUCGCUAUUCGAAGUCAGCACCAGCAGCUGGAGCAGGCCCGACCCUGAGGGCUGGGGGAGGGCUGGGGGCCAGCACCCACCUGCAGAAGGCCCAGCACCCGAGGGAACCCAUGGCGGACUCCACUGUGUUUGAAGCACAACUCAAAGUCAUACCCUAACUGUGGACACCCUAAGAAAAUUGAGAAUAUACUCAUUACACAGGCUUAACAGACUGCUUUUGAAGGGGCUACAGCCACUGGAAGACACUAAAUAUUUAUUAUACUACCCUACUUUGUACAUAGAUAUCUAUAUAGACUGGAGCUGCAGUAUUUUGAAAGUUAUAGGACCAAUUACCCAGUGAUAUUCUCCACUCGCAUUCCAGAAGAAAACAAAACCCUCCGCUGUAAUCUGCCGGGUAGCAGCUACCUUUCCAUACAUUUCUGAAGGUAAACACAAAACACAAGACCCAACGCUGGGGUUUAAACUUAUUUUUGUUUCUAUUAUGGCUUUUUGAGUUGACUGAAAAGCAGACAUUUGGACAGCCUGGAAAUUUGCUUUGAUUUGCUUUUGCCUGGCUUUUCUCCCCUGGGGUGGCGUAUCCUAUCUGAGCCAUGUCUGAAGCACGUCUCUGUUGUGUUUAAUUUAUUUCAAUGUAGCUUAUUUUCUUAUAAGUUAUGACACUUAAACAAUUUCAGUCUUGUGAAUAAUAAAAAGGAGAGAGAGGGGGAAAAAAAGACCAAA